AUGAGCGAAGAGCAGCUAGAUAAACCUACAACUCACGACGUAAAAGGAGAGGCCGAUAAGACUCCCGCGACGGAGGACAAAGAGAAAGAUGUUGUCGCCGAGCCAUCCGAUGAACAGGCGGAGGGACAAUUAAACCCGAAAAAGGUGGUAGCAAAUCCUCCAGCAUCGCAAGGAUCCAUAACGAUUGGAGAGGCUUUAGAGGCAGCGGUUCUCACGGCAGGGAAUAAGCCGGUCGACUGGAGCGACGCAGCUGCCAUACAAGCGGCUGAGGUUAGAGCCACAGGACGGACCAACAUCAUGCCCGGAGGUGUUGCAGCUUCGGCUCAAUCAGCUGCCACUCUUAACGCUCGAGUUACCGACGACGACGACAAGACUACGCUCGCCGACGUUCUCACUGGAGCGAGUAGCAAAUUACCGUCAGACAAAGCAGCAACGAGAAAAGACGCAGAGGGAGUGACAGGCGCAGAGAUGAGGAAUGAUCCUCAUCUCACUACUUACCCAACCGGAGUGGCUGCCUCUGUCGCUGCCGCUGCUCGGAUUAAUCAGGCCAAGUGA